CACACACAUAUCCCAUGCUCAACUAUUUCUGGCCAGGAUCCCAGUAACUAGAAUUAUCAAAGUGUCUGCUGGAUCCCUCACCACUUGUUUUUCUCCCUUCUACAUUUACAGCUUGAAUAGAAGCAAGGCAGAAGCCCUACUAAAAGUCUAACAACAUGGCGGACACGGCCCUACAUAUUAUCGAGCAACCCACCACCCCGGAGACCCCUCCGGAGGAGAUAACAGAUGAACCCAUCGAAGCCAGUGAACCCAUCAAGGCAGACCAGAUCAAUGGGGUAAUGGUGCUAAGCCUUCUUGACAAGAUUAUAGGUGCAGUGGACCAGAUUCAGCUCACUCAGACCCAGUUGGAAGAGAGGCAACAGGAGAUGGAAAAUGUGGUUGGCAGCAUCCAAGGAGAACUUUCCAAGCUAAGCAAAUCCCACGCUACCACCAGCAACACAGCCAGUAAGAUGCUGGAGAAGGUGAGGAAGGUGAGCGUCAAUGUGAAGACGGUGAGACAGAACCUGGAGAAACAGGCAACACAAAUCAAAAAGUUGGAGGCCAAUGAGUCUGAGCUUCUGAGACGCAGAAACUUCAAAGUCAUGAUUUACCAGGAUGACGUUAAAUUGCCCUCCAAGUUGAGCAUCAGCAAAAAUCUAAAGGACACUGAAAAGCAAGACGUCGCUGAAGAAGGUCAGCAAAAUGAGAACAAGGCAGAGGAGGAGGAUGAGGACAAAAUCCAGUUAUCGUCUGAUGAGGAGGUGGAGGUAGAAGAGAUCAUUGAGGAGUCAAGGGCUGAGCGCAUCAAGAAGAGUGGAAUGCGUCGUGUGGAUGACAUAAAGAAAGCAUUUUCCAAAGAAAAAAUGGAAAAAACCAAAGUGAAGACCAAAGAAAAAAUGGAAAAAACCAAAGUGAAGACCAAAGAAAACCUGGAAAAGACCAGGCAAAACCUGGAAAAAACCAGACACAAUCUUGAGAAGAGGAUGAACAAGUUGGGAACUAAGAUUGUAACAUCAGAAAGAAAGGAGAAGAUGAAGACCUCUAAGGACAAGUUCAAAAAGUCCUUCACACCUGACCAUGUUGUUUAUGCCCGUUCUAAAACCGCCGUCUACAAAGUGCCCCCCUUUACCUUCUAUGUGAAGAAGAUCCGAGAAGGGGAGGUUGAAGUGCAAGCCACGGAGAUGGUGGAGGUUGGAGGGGAGGAUGAAGAGGAAGAAGGGGAAGGAGCUGAGCUGUUGAGAGGCGAGAGCCCCGAUCCCCACUCUCUGCUGCAAAUCACAGAGGACCCUGAUUCUGUUCUGGCUGAAAGAAGUGACAGCGACUAAGUGGUCACCAUCCUCCUUCUAAGUGGACAACUCUGUUUAUAACCUUUUUUUCACCUUGCAAACCAACUUUCUUUUCAUAUUCACACGUAUCUUUCCUCUAAACUUUUUCAGCUCUUAAAAAACAAACAAAAAAAUAUAUAGAACACCCCCAAUCCAUGUAUAUAAUGAUGUCCCUCGCAUUACAUGGUGGGGUCACACAUAUAUCCACUGUGCAGCUACUUUGCUUCUUUCUUAAAGUGACUAUGAAGUGUCUCUCUGCUCAAUGGUGCAUAAAAGAGAGGUCAUAUAGUGGCCUAUUCAGAUGAGAGGGAGACAGACAACAACCCAGGACACAAGCAGAGUAGCACUGCUAAAAUAAUAUUGUUUGGCCAAGCCAAUAAUCAGGACCUCACUGUUGAGCUGUGACUGAUCAUUACAUAGCAUUGUCAUGCAUGGGGUCUGCUGACAGGAACAACAGACACCCCCAGGUCCCAAACAGUCCCAUUGCUCUUUUCUCCAUAUCCCCCAUAACAGUGAGUUACAGACUUCAUUACAGCUCAAUGGGUUGAAAUCACAUUUCUCUAAAUGAAUUGGAAGAGUUUGUAUUACUAAGUAUAGAGAAUGGAAGCCCCUGUAGUUGCAGCUGUAGAGCCAUGAUAAUAACAGCAGUAGGGAGAGGGGCAAGAUAAAGGCUCAUAGUCUCACCAUAAAUGCAACUUUGGGUUGUGCAGAACUCUUCUAUCCUACCAACUCCAUGGCUGCUUGUUUUGGGCUUUACUUGUCUUUUUAUUGUUCAUCACUGCCAAAUAUAUAAUCCUACUCUUCACCAAUCAACUUAUAAUAAAAAUAGAAGA